AUGGACCCGCCGCCUCCAGCGGCCGCCGGCGCGAAAGGAAGGGAAAGCGCCAAGAGCCCGGAUAGAGCUGCCCCCGCCGCCGACGGGAGCGACGCCCCUUCCGCCGACGGGAGAGGCGCCCCUUCCGCCGACGGGAGAGGCGCCCAUUCCCUCCCAUGGCCCGCCCCGCCGCGGAGCGCCGCGGGAGAUGCAGUCCGGCCGCACCGGCACCCGGGCGGCGUGCUCGGGGCACGGCCGGGACCGGGACCGGCACCGGGGAAACGUGGGACAGCCGGUCUCGGUCUGCACCGGCCGCCUCAGGAGCCGCGGCCCGGCUCGAACGGCCCCGUCACGGGAGCCGCGGUCUGGUUCCGCCCGCUCCGCUCCCAACCGAGCUCCUCGGCCGCGCCAACGUUGCGAGGGAUCCGUUGUUUUAGCGAAAAUCCCUCCCUUGAAAGUCCCUCCCGCAUCCGCGCCCCGUUUUCGGAGAAGCUCGUGUGGCUCAGCGAGGAAGGAGGGGUGCUUUGUGAAGUAACCAGGUGGAAAAUGCUUGCCCCUCGUUUCACCUUUGGAAGGUACACGAGUGAUGCAUGCAGGACAGCAUCAUGUUCUCGGGAGAGAAGGAGCUGUGUCAGCUUCUCUGGGCGCUCCUCGUAAUCUUUGGCCCCUGCUUGCCAGCAUCCCUCUGUUCCACUCCUGGCCUUCCUGAGCUGAAGGGAUUCCUCACUUCUGAAUGUGAAAUGGGUUUUCAUUCAUAUUUCUGUCGGGUUGACAAGGUAGAGUCAUUCAUUGCUGUAACUAAAUCAAGGUUAGAGUUUAUUAAAGCAUUUGGAUGCUACCGUAUUGCCAGUACAACGAGUAAUUCCACACAAAAAUCAAAUGUGCUGGUUCAGCUGCAGUAAGGAUUUCCACAGAAUAAUGGCACACCAGCUCCUUGUGAUAGUUAUAACCUCACUUAUCAGUCUUCCUGUGGGCUCCUUUUAUUUUCUCCAUGUUAGUCUUGCUCAUUCUGCAAUAAUUACAUCAUAUUAGUUAAUAAUAUCUUACUCAAGCACCUGAGACUUCUUUUCUGCAGUCACUGGUUUUAGCCAAUUUUGUUGCAGGGAACAGGCCAAAAAGCUGAUCCUGUCGUUUAUCCAUAGGCAAAAGGGAACUACUAUUUCAUGCAGUAGAGAACAUGCAAAUUUCUUUAUUGAUAUUUGUAGAUCAGGAUUUCUGCAUUCAGCCAAGGUAUCUGACAGGAAACUUGUCUAGGGCUGGGUGCAUAAUAUUCAAACUUGAAAUGGUUUCCCUCACAGAACUGCCUUAGGUGAAAAGAGUCAAUUUUUAUCAGACCAUCCCCAUUUAAUCUCUAAUCCUGAUUAACAACUGAUUUUGUGAUGCUCAUUUAGUAUGAUAGUAAGUGCUAUCAGUCAUAUUAUAGCUUUUUCAGUUAAUUUGAUAAUUUCCCCUAGGAAUACACAUACUGCAAAUAGUUUCUGUGAAUGUUGGCAGCUUUUCUAAAAUGUUUCAAUUAAAUCACAUUUUCACCCUUCUGAUAUUACUCUGAAUUUUAAUUAUUUUCCAUUGCAGACUACUGGUUUAAUGAUGACCUGAAUAUCUUUCCUAAAAACCAGCAGUGGGCGUGGCUGCAUACAGCAAGGGUUUGUUCCUUGUGAACUGGUUAUUGCCCACUCUUUAUGGCUGUUUUCUGCAAGCACUUAGACCUUAGAGGUCGGAUCAGGACAACACAGAGCACUCUCACUGCAGACAUUUUGUACCUCACAGAAAAAGCAAUCUAGAUGAAAAUACAGCAUGGCAUUUGCACGUAUUGUGAUUAGACCGUGGAUUCUUAAGUUGUCAAUUGUGAAAUGCAUUGUAACAGGAAAUAAACUUCUUCCCUUCUAGUUUUAAAUGCAAUUCAUGCAAUUUAUCUGAAGGUUGCAAGAAGUCCUUACACUAUGGGAAAUAUUUAGGAGUUCUCAACUUGUUCUCUGGAAGUUUUGCUUUUUUUAAAAAUAAUGCUGAAUUUUCCUACUUUUCCUUUUUCUUUAUUCUGGUUUCUUCUACAACCUGUUUCAUACUCCCAUAUUACCUGAACACACUUCCCCAUCUUUCUUUCCCCAUCAGACUUGUUGUUCCACAUUUUCUUCCCGAAUUAAGUGUCUGUCAUGACACUUUUUUCCCAAAUAUUUGCUGGUCUGCACUUCCAAAGGUCCAACAUUUUUCUUUUCUGACUCCUUUAAGAUAGAAGAAUUUUUCUAUCAAAAGCAAGGAUCCUCUUCAGCAACAAAAAUAGCUGUGUUUGUGAGCACAAGCAGUGAACAGCUUGGAUUGGCCAACUGCUAUAAUUUGGGGUUCAUUGAUGAUAAGAAGAGAUUCAGAAGCAAUACAAAAAACAGCAGCACUUCAAACUGUCAGUGUGGGAAGAAGGUUGAUUAAACCAGUGCCCCUAAUGUUUCCUCAUUAGCUUAUUUCUUAAAAUUAGAGGACAGAGUUAGAACCUCAAGUCAUGGCAAGUUAAAAUAAAAGGAAGCUUUCUUUAGCACAGUGCAGCCUACUUACAGUCAACAAACAAAAUGCAGAAAGGAAAUGUCAAUAGACAGUUGCAAUGAUAUUUUUAAGAACCUAGCAGCAAGAGGAGAUCAUUCAGGUCCUGAUGAGUUCCAGCAGGACUUUCCACUUGUGCCUUUUGAUGACAGUAGAAAAAGCAGCUUAAAAACCACUUGAUUGCACUCUGCAGCAUUAAUUUCUGUCAUUACUCCAGCAGAUCAGACAUGGUCAAAGCUACACCCCAGCAUGUGUUCAACACUGAGAAGUGGCCUGAAGCCAAUUCUCCAGCCCAACAAUCUUUGGUUUAACUGAGCUGAAACUUCAAUUCCACAUUUGUAGGAGCAGAAUCUGUAAUGGCAUCUAAAGAAAAAUUAAAAUGGGUCUUUGUUCAGAUUAAAGGUGGUGUUUUUAUCAGCACAGAAUAAUGUGUAUUUGGAAGCUUUUGCCCUCCAGACAGAUAUGUCCAGCUACAUCACUGCUAUAGAUUAGAAGGAGUCCUUGAAGGAACAUGCUCCUCUUAGCAGGAAUAUUUGAAUUUUCAGCUAUGUUAGUAUAAACUCAGCUUCAGACAGGGUAUAAAUCUGAUCAUUACGUUUAAUCCUACCCUAGCAUUAAAUAUGAAUCAUGACUAAUGGGUGUAUCUCGGGAUAAGGGCCUGUGCAUUCCCUACACAGAAAUUUACAACUGUGAUCGUUAUCACAAGCAAUAAACACCAGCUUAUAAAUACCUCAGCUGCAGAGCAGAGCUGCGUGGCUGAAGCCUUGUGCAGCUGCUUUUGAGUCAAGCAAGGACUCUCCCUGCCUCUCCACAUCCCACUCUCCUCUCCUGCUGCCUCCCUUUUGGCCUCCCCCGACCAUGCUCUGUUCUGCUGUGCACUGUGUGGGCUCUGCUGUGCUCCACAGGUACCCCCAAGAGCUUUGAAGGUGACUCUGAGCUAGAAUAAGGUGCCAGGAAUAUUUUGUUGCUUUACAAAUAUUUUUGCUUCCCUAUCUUAAAGAGUUGACAUUGUCUGAGUUCUUCAGUAUAUUUGCUGCCUGAGUCCAUUCCCAGAACUCAGAUGCUUGGGUUGGACUAAAAGCUGGGAUGAGGUGAUUGACAAGGAGGUGGAGUUGUUGAUCCCUCCUUCUGUUACAAACACUAAGUUGGUUAUUGCUGCCAGGAGAACACCUGAGAUUCCUUGUACUGUGAUGAGAACUCCCUCUUUUAUUGGUAUUUUUAGUAAGAAGUUUAGGUUUGACUUUUUAGAGAAAGUACUUUCCAAGGCUGGGAAAAAAAAUAAAAUUAGAAGUAAGGUCUCUGAAAGUUGGAACUACAUUUAAGGAACCUGACAGAGCUUUCAUGUUCCUCAGCUGGGGUGGCAUAAGCAUAUUACAGGGUAUGUUUCACUCUUAAUUUGCAGGAAGACAAAAGAACCUUUAAUUCCUGGUUUUUGCAUUCAAAUAGAGGAUAUGAGCAGACUGACCAGAAAAGUUUCUUUUCCCAUUUCAUGUACUCCACUGACACAUGCAAUAGGAAAAAAAAAAAAAAAAAAAGCUGGCUGUUAAAGAGGAUUUAUUAACUGUUAAUUAGGAACAAGAGGUGCAUCAGAAUUGAGAAUCUGGCUCUUAUUUUUACCACUUGGAAUAGAAACAUCAUAGCUAUCUGUUUCACUAUGUUCCUAAGUAAUUAAGCAGUAGUGAAAAUGAGUGCACACCAUUAAAAAUCUGCACUUUGUACAUUACUCUGUGUACAGUGUAUUGUCUGUACAUAUGUGCAGUAUGUAACCAAAAUGUACAUAAAAGGACUUAAGAAACAUUCCUUCUACAAAAAAUACCAGGAGAGAAACAAAUCUGAAUACUUUUGAUCCCUGAGCUCAGAUUCAACUCAUUUUAAUGCAUACAAGUUCUGCUCUCAUUUGCUGUUUAGUAAUUUUUUCAGCUUCUGUCCUUGAGCACUGACUUUUAUAAAUAAAAGCUUUCAUUAACUCUC